GUUCUCCAGAGGGACAGAAGUAUUGGAAUCGGUUUCAGAGGGGAAAAGGUCCAGAUUUUUGAGCAAAUAUUUCCCGUGCAGACAGGACACCGCGUCUAUCAAAAAAGGAUUCGUUUUAGACUGUUCCCCUCUCUGGUCAUUUUGCUCUACGUUUGAACUUAUUUGAUUCUUUAAAAACAGAUAAAGAAGAGUGUUCCCUCACUCUGAGAGAGCAUUUAUUUUAAACACCUAAAGUCAUCACAGCUGUGUCAUCUGAAAAAAAAAAGAAAACACAGGUGCGCGUGGAUGCGGACUCUCUGCUAAAGGCUGUGGCUUUAGGCUUGUUAGGUUUAAAAUCUGAUGACUGGAGGCAAUUGAAUCACUUCUCUUACUAAGCACAUCAGCUGAUUCUUAAUUUCAUAUUUGUGCGGUGAUCUUUUGACAAAAUGAUACUCAGUUUUUGUCUGUUGGUGACAUUUUUCUUGGGGCUGUCUCGGUGUUUGGGGUCGUACGUCCCCUGCGAGCCCUGUGAUCAGAAAGCACUCUCCAUGUGCCCCCCGGUGCCCGUGGGCUGUCAGCUGGUAAAGGAGCCGGGCUGCGGCUGCUGCCUGACGUGCGCUCUCGCUGAGGGGCAGGCGUGCGGCGUGUACACCGGAACGUGCACUCACGGGCUCCGCUGCCUGCCGCGGAGCGGCGAGGAAAAGCCCCUGCACGCCCUGCUUCACGGCCGAGGAGUGUGCACGAACGAGAAAGGAUACAAACCACAGUACACAGGGAUAGAUCGCGAGUCGCGGGAGCACGAGGACCCGAUGACGGCCGAGAUGGCGGAGGACCUGCUGCCCCCUGCCAAGGUGCCGCUCUACCCCAAGGACCACAUCUCCAGCAAGAAGGUGCACGCCGUGCGCAAGGACAAGAAGAAGCAGCAGGAGAAGCUGAGGUCUGUCGGCCAGGUGGACUACUCCCCGCUCCCCAUCGACAAGCACGAGCCCGAAUUCGGUCCAUGCAGGAGGAAGCUGGAUGGGAUCAUUCACACGAUGAAGGAGUCGUCUCGUGUCAUGGCCCUGUCCCUCUACCUCCCCAACUGUGACAGGAAGGGCUUCUUUAAACGCAAGCAGUGUAAGCCGUCCCGCGGCCGGAAGCGAGGGAUCUGCUGGUGUGUAGACAAGUACGGGGUGCAGCUGCCCGGGACGGACUACAGCGGAGGGGACAUUCAGUGCAAAGACUUGGAGAGCGGCAGCAACAACGAGUGAGGCUCCGCCCUCCCCCCCAAUCACCUGACCUAGGGCCCGCCUCCCUCCUUCCUGCCCAAACCACCCGCCAGGCACUUUGAGAUUGUAAAUGCGACAUAAAAACAAAAGGUUUAAAAAAAAAAAAGAAAAAGAAAAAAGACAUCUGAACCUUCAUGACUGUGCUCACCUC